AUGAAUAAAUUAACGAAAGCAAGAGCUCCAGUAAGAGGAUCCGUCACGAGGACCUGCACCAAAGUAGAUGCUGAAUUGAAGAGCGACCCUAUCGACGUCGACGUGCUUGGAGCUUUAAUGGAAAGUUUAGAAAAACUGAUGGCUCAAUUAGACGCAGCAGACACCGAGAUAAGGACUAAGAUGGUGGAGGUCGGAAGCAAUGAUGACGAGACACUUGCUGAACAAAAUGGCGUGGACGAGUACAGAGAGAAAAUUCUGAUCGCCAAAACAAAAUUGAAGAGGGCGAUAAAUCAAACUCCUUCACAGUCAAAGCAAAACGCUCCAGCCACAGCAAUGAAGCUCCCCAAGCUGGAACUGUCAAAAUUUGAUGGGGAAAUAGGAAAAUGGAUCAAUUGGUGGUCGGAAUUUGCGCAAAUCCAUGAAGACAAGACUAUCACCACCACAAAUAAGUUCCGUUAUCUACAUCAAGCAAUGGUGCCAGGAUCGAAAGCAGAGAAUCUCCUCAAAAAUAUCCCUCUCAACGAAGUUGGAUAUGUCGACGCAAUAAAGACCCUUAAAGAAGAAUUCGGAAGUGAAAGGGUGCCUUGGCGACAUUAUAUGAUGGAGUUCAUUAAAAUCCUGGAAACCAAGAAGAAGUAUUCUGCACAAACCGCUUACGCCAGAAUACAAAGUCAGCUUAGAGCCGUUAAUUCGCUAAAGGAAUUGAAAACAGAAGAUCUCCUCUGCCCCCUAUUCGAGUCAAUUGUCCAAGAGGAUAUUUUACUGGCGUGGCAGCAGAGCGAAAGGGAGAAGCUGAAUGAAGUUUCAAAGGACAAUGGAGAUAAGAAGGACUCUCGAAAUAAGAAAGAAAAAUUCAAGAGUGAAGUCCCGACUGCAGCAGAACUCCAUGUCAAUCAGGCGAAAAAUCGUUGCAUUUUUUGCGCAAAAAAUCACGACAGCAAGGAAUGCGGGCAGAGCAAUAAGUUAACUCUCGAAGAGAAGAUUGAAAAGGUCGAGAAAAGCAGAGCUUGUUAUCGCUGUUUAAGGAUGGGACAUGGAUCCAAGAAAUGCAAGGUUUUCGUUAAAUGCUUGGCCUGUCAUCGUGACCAUCAAACAAUUAUGUGUCCACAGCUUUAUGGACACGAAUCACAGGAGAAGAUCUGCAAAGAAGAGACCACCACCGUUCCAGUAUCAGUAAACUUCACCAAGGGCGUUUUAUUUGAGACAUUGUCAGUUCGGCUCAUUGGUCAAGGAGGGGUGGCACAUAAAGCAAGGGUCUUCCUGGAUCGAGGGUCAGCAAGAAGCUUCAUCAAAGGAUCAACGGCUAAAUUAUUGAAGUAUCCGUCGAAAGGGGUAGAGAUAUUCCAGAAAGAGUUAUUGGGUGGAGUAUUGACUGGACCGAAGAAGCACAAUCUCUACGAUGUCCAAAUGGAAAGUCUUAAUGGAAGAAAUUUACGCAAAAUUAGACUGACCGAGCAGGACCCAAUGAUCUGCAACCUUCCCCUUAUCCCCGACGGUCCGUGGAUUCAUGAAUUAAGAGAGAUGAAGAUCAACCUGACCGAUUUUAACUACUCAUCUAGCUCAGAUAUCGAUAUUUUAUUGGGAGCAGAUGUAAUUCCAAGUAUUAUGACCAAGAAAACUGUCAAUUUAAAAUGUGGAAUCGUUGCGUCUGAGACAGUUUUCGGGUGGGUGCUAUUAGGACCAAUUGCACAAACCAACCUAACAAUUGCAACGAAGGUGCUUUGUGGGCACCUGAAUGACAUCACAAAGUUUUGGGACUUGGACAUUUUGGGGAUACGCGAUCCAAUAGAGGUGAAGACCGAUGCGCAGAAGGAAGAAGAAGCAAGGAAGUCAUUUGCGCAAAACGUGACAAGAGAACCUGAUGGACGCUACUCAGUAUCCUUACCCUGGGCAGAAGGAAAAGAAGAUUUACCAAGUUAUCGAAAAGUGGCAGAGAAGAGAUUAGAAAAUGUGACCCACUCUCUCAAGGCCAAAGGUAAAUUCGAGAUUUAUGAUCAAGUAUUUCGCUCAUGGGAGAAAGAAGGGAUAAUUGAAGAAGUCCAAGACCAAUCCGACGGGUGCCAUUACUUACCCCAUCGACCAGUAUUUAAGGAGAGCGCAACAACCCCAGUGCGCCCAGUUUUCGACGCGUCCUGUCGAGUUGGCGCAAUGCCGGCUCUGAAUGAUUGCCUCUAUAAAGGUCCAAAUAUGAUAGAGCUCAUCCCCUCACUUUUGAUGAAAUUCCGAGAAAAGAAGAUCGGCGUGGUGGCGGAUAUUAGAAAAGCUUUUCAGAUGGUUUCCAUUUGCGCAAUGGACAGAGAUUAUCAAAUGUUUCUCUGGUGGAAUAACCAAAAACAAAUCAAGGUAUACCGACACACGCGGGUAGUUUUCGGAAUCAGCAGCAGUCCCUUCCUUCUAGCAGCAACAAUUAAGCAUCAUUUGGAGAAUGUGCCAGAAGAGCAGAGGGAAUUUGCGCAAGUUUUAUGUCAGAAUUUUUAUGUCGACAACUGCCUUACCUCGGUCAGGGAUCUCCAUGAGUAUGAAGAUUUCAAGAAUCAAGCAACGGAAAUAAUGAGAGAAGCUCAAAUGGAACUGCGGGAGUGGGAAUGUUCGUGUGACGACGCCACAUCCGAUUUAAACGUCUCAACUGUCCUUGGUCUUGAAUGGAAUAAGAAGGAUGACACUCUUGGUUGUUUCCUCCCUGAACCACCAGAAAAGUUAACGAAGAGAGCAGUAUUGUCACAAGUACACAGGAUUUUUGACCCCAUUGGAUUUACUUGCCCAGCUACGCUGGUACCAAAAAUGAUUCUCCAAGACACGUGGAAUCUGAAAAUCGAUUGGGACGAGGAGUUACCCGAGGAGCAGAAGAUCAAGUUUGAGAAAUGGAUUAAGGAGCUGCCCUCACUAAAGAAUUUGAAGAUUCCCCGUCAAUUCAGAUUUGCCCAAAAUAUUCAGGUUCAUGUCUUUGUGGAUGCAAGUAAAGGAGCAUAUGCAGCAGUAAUUUAUAUUCGCUCGGUGGGAGGAGAUGGAGUAAAAGUUCAACUAAUUGAAGCAAAGAAUAGAGUCGCUCCACUGAAAAAGCCCCCUCCAACAAUUCCUAGAUUAGAACUGCUGUCUUCCUGGAUUCGUCGCAAUGAGAACUGGGGAACAUUUGUGGGCCGUAGGACGAAAGAGAUCCUCAAAUUAACCGACGUUGAGUCAUGGCGUCACAUCCCCGGAGUUGACAACCCUGCCGACCUCCCUUCUCGCGGAUGCAGUGCAAAAGAAUUAGUCAAGUCGAGAUGGUGGGAGGGACCUGCUUGGUUAAAAUUGACCGAAGACGAGUGGCCUUUCUCAAAGCCGACAUUCAAUGAAGAAGAGAUAAGGCAAGAAUUACGCAAAUCUGAGCCAGUCAAUCAUGUACAACAACAAAUUAAGUAUCCUGAGCCGAGAUUCUCUACUUUCUCUGGAAACCUACGAGUGUAUGGAUGGGUCCACCGCUUCAUUAAGAAUUGUUUCAAGAAAGGAGAAGACAGAGAACUGGCACCUUAUCUAAAAUUGGACGAGCUCAAAUUUGCACAAAAGUCAUUAUUCAGAGUCAUACAACAAGACACAAUUCCAGUAGAAGUGCACACCAUUAAUGGAACUCCUGUGAAGAAAGGCGAGGAUGGAAUCUACAGAGUGAUGACACGGAUUCAAAAUAAAGAAGAACCGGAAACCUUCAAGAGCCCAGUUUUUCUUCCCAAAGAUCACCCGUUAGUCCAUCAAUUAAUUACGGAAGUGCAUAAUCAAUACUGCCAUGCUGGAGUCCAGUUUGUGAUGACCAAGAUCAGAGAACAAUAUUGGCUUUCUCAAGCAAGAAGAACAAUUAAGCGGAUUUUGCGGAAAUGUGUCAAAUGUCGCCGAUUUGAUGCGACCAAGCUCGAAGUUGAUCCAGCAGCAUUGCCGGAAAAGAGAACCGCUGUCGGACUUCCGUUCGAGACCACCGGAAUUGACUUAGCAGGCCCGUUGAUUUUAAAGGACGGAACUAAAGCGUGGAUUGUGCUAUUUACUUGCGCAGUUUACCGCUGCGUCUACUUUGACCUCGUCACAUCGUUAAGCACCCCAAUUUUUCUUGCCGCCCUGGAGCGUUUUAUUCAUACCGAAGGAAGACCACAUCACAUCUUCAGCGAUAAUGGGACUAACUUUAUCGGUGCCUCCAAUCUCAUGAAGAAUUUGAAUUGGACUGAAAUUGAAAAGGAGAUUUGCGCAAAACGAAUUCAGUGGAUUUUCAAUCCACCCACAGCAUCGUGGUGGGGUGGAUGGUGGGAGCGCCUCGUACGGACUACCAAUAAUUUAUUGCGAAGAAUGCUAGGUAAUGCAAAACUUACUUACGAUGAGAUGCGAACUUGUUUAGCCGCCGCCGCCCACACAAUUAAUGGACGACCACUCACCGCCGUGAGUGAAGAUUUGCAAGAUCUUACCCCUUUGACACCAGACAUGUUUAGAAGAGGACUUCCGAUGGGAGGAUUUCCGGAGGGCGACAGAUUCAACAUCAAAGACCAGAAUUUGCGCAAUCGAAUGAAGAUGAUGUCGGCCCUAAAGAAACAAUUUAAUGACCGCUUCAGGAAGGAGUACCUCUCACAAUUAGUUAUGCGGGUAAAGAGGAAGAUGACAGAACCACCCAAAGUUGACGACAUUGUUUUAAUCGGAGCUGAUAAUGUCAAACGGAUCAUGUGGCCGAUGGGGAGGAUUAUCGAGCUUAUUCCUGGAAAGGAUGGAGAAAUCAGAGUAGCCAAGAUCCGAACCGCCGGAGGAAUACUCACCCGUCCCCUACAACGCCUCUACCCUCUUGAAGUUAACAAGAAAGAAAAUUUACCAGAGAUCACACCCAAAAUGAAGGAAGUGAUUCAAGAGAUGAGAGGUCAGAAUAUCAUCGAGAAGGAAGACAACGCUUCUGAGAAAGAAACGGAUGGCGUCGCUACCUCAUUUGGACGCAAAAUUAGGAAACCUCAACGUUAUGGGGAAUAUAAAUAA